AUGGCGGGGGAGCUAGAUACUUAUACGCAUCAGACAUUGCCAUCGCCCAACUCUAUUCGCAUCAUGAAUAUUCAGCCUGGAUCUGGUAACGAUAUUCUUCACUAUACGAUCAAGGAGCUCUCACUACAUGAAGCGGAAGGUAAAUACGAGGGGGUGUCUUAUGUUUGGGGGUUGAAUGACCCGACCGUGAACAGCAUUUGUGAUGGGAAGGAACUUCGGAUCACUCCUAACCUCAACGACGUAUUGCAGGGUCUUCGAUUACGACAUGAGCCAAGGUCCGUCUGGGUAGAUGCAAUAUGCAUAAAUCAACAAGACCAUGUUGAGAAGAACGACCAAGUUAGAAAGAUGGGGGAGAUUUUUAGCAAAGCGAAGCGUGUGUUAUGUUGGCUAGGCACCGACAAUGAAGGAAUAGCUGAAGACUGCUUUAAAUUAAUCGUCGAGACUAAAGCAGCGCUGGCACGAGAAUGGCACCAAGACUGGGGCAUAAACAACAUUGUCAACGAUCUGAGGCUGCCAAGCCUAUCAAGAGAUCAGCAACGUUGGGAAAAGGUUAGGCGUUUGUUUGGCUUACCUUGGUUUGAGCGCACUUGGGUCGUGCAGGAGUCCGGACUUGCUCGCGAAUGUUGCCUCCUCUGGGGGCGCCACGAAUUGCAAAUCCACGAAGUCUUGAGCGUGGCUACUUGGCUCUCCUAUUCAAUGCACGCCCCGAUUUCAAAGAAGGGUUCGAGAAUAGGAAAAACUUUUAGUGAUGUGUUCGCUGAUAUUAUGCUUACAUUUGAUAAUCAUCCAACGUGGAGAGACAAUGUGGUCUCCGGCAGGACCCUUGAUGAUUUGCGUCCACGCAAGAAGCAGCUCUAUGUCGACCUUUUGUUCUGCGCUCGAUCCCUCAAGGCGACAGACCAGCGAGAUAUUAUAUAUUCGUCGCUUGGUAGUCCCCUGGCCUACUACGACAGUGGCGAGAUUAUGGUAGCUCCGGACUAUGAUGAGCCUUGGACUUGUCUGCAAUCCAGAGUAGCCCGAGCGCUGCUUCGAAAUCCACGUGAAGCACCUUACGUACUCCCACUUGUCAUUCACGAUACGGAGGAGGUAUUCAAUAACAAUGAUACGCCAAGUUGGGCUCCACGAUGGAAAACAUUCAAAGAUUGCGACCCUUGUCCGAUCCCUCUCACUUGUACCUAUGAAUAUCGCCAAAAGGCUUACAAUGCGAGUCGUGGUACCCCUCGAUUCAAACCAAUACUUUUGUCAAGGAGUACUCUUUCCUUGGUAGGCUGGAAAUUCGAUACGCUUGCUUGGACCUCCCCGCACCUCAAAUUUGUUGAACUACAAUGUGAUAUUGACAACUGGGGUCCAGGUUUGCGUGAGGGAGGGGUGGCACCUAUCGAAGCAAUCUGGCAGAAGCUUGUCGACGCCAUAAAAGAGCCGCCUGAUGUGCUGGUGGAGUUGCUCAGCUUAACGUUAGCACGAGGGCGUCCAAUAUCCGAAAGCUACGUCAGCGACUUCUUAGCUUAUUGUGAGAAGAUUCGGACGAAGCUUGGGACCAAGACACGAGAAAUCGGGACCGACGCAUCGCAUUUACAACACAAAACCGAAUAG